AUGAUGACGUUAUGCUAUCGUGAUCGAUCAAUCCCAAAAGAUUCAAACCUUGUGCAGUUAUUUUAUAGUUCAUUAAAAAAGUUUGCCAAUAUGUACAAUGUUUACAUACAAUUGAUUUUAUCAGAGAUCAAUAUGGAAAAAUUGAAAGAAAUGAUGAAAUUAUCUGUAAAAUGUAAACGUUUUAAAUUGAUAUGCAAUAAAUCAAUUAAUCAUCGUUAUGUAAGAUUAGAUAAGUUUUUUUUAUUGUUGAUUAAAUUCACUUUAUAUUUUCUGAUUAUUUUAGAUUUAUAA